AUGUCUCAUGUGGUUCAAAUAGGUAGUAGUGAUGUGAAAUCAAAUGAUCAAGAACAUGAAACACUACAAUUUUGCACUCAAGUUAGUAUAGAAAAUAUUAACCAUGUUGAAGAAGUUGCAUCUGCACCAGUUGUGAAUAUGUCUAAACAAAGGUUCCAACAAAAAGAGGAUGAAAUUCUUAUUCAGUCAUGGCUCAACGUUUCAAAGGAUUCAAUUGUUGGGGUUGAUAAAAAAGGAGAUAGUUUUUGGAAGAGAAUUGGAGAAGCUUUUACCAAGCAUCGUGACAUUAAUUAUAAAGAGAGGAAAUCGAUGGCACUAAAAGGGAGAUGA